CUAUUUGUUUGUUUCAGGAUAAAUAUCUUGGAAAACCAAACUGCAGGUGCCUCUCCUGAUGCAAUUAAAGUUCUGGUAAUACUCACAGAUGGUGAUCACAGUGACAGAGACAAUGGGAUUAUUAAAAAAUAUGAUGAGAAACAGAUCAUUUGCUUUGUCAUUGGGGUCAAAGAAGCCUCGUUAGCAAAAUUCACAGACAUUGCUUCAAAACCAGCAGAGCACUAUGCCUUUAAAAUCGAGAACUACAACGGACUGAAAGGAAUACUGGAAAAGUUUCAAAAAAGGAUUUUUAAAAUGGAAAGCUCCAGUGUGGCUCGAGGAGAAGACUUGAAGGAGGAAAUGGCUCAGAGUGGAUUCAGUGCUGUCUUCUAUAACAAUACGUUGAUCCUGGGUUCAGUGGGCUCAAAGAGCUGGGGGGGCUCUCUCAGAGAGAUCCUUGAAGGAAAAGAAACACAAAUUGAAGAUCCACUAAUGAAGAAGGACUCCUACAUGGGAUACUCCAUCUCUGUUGGCAAGAGGGACAAUGCUUCUCUAUACUUUGCGGGUGCACCAAGAUUUGAGCACACAGGACAGGUCUUACUUUUCAGACGUGAUGGUGGUAAUUGGACCGCAGCCCAAUCACUAAAUGGUACCCAGAUUGGCUCCUACUUUGGUGCAGAGCUGUGCUCAGUAGAUAUCGACUCAGAUGGUAACACUGACUUCCUGUUGGUGGGAGCUCCCCUGUUCUAUCAGCCCCAUGAGAAGAAAGAAGGCCGGAUCUAUGUCUACAUACUGUCUGAGAAGAUGCAACUGGAAAUUGUACUAAAUGUGACAGCAUCCAUGGGCAGAUUUGGCACCACCAUUUCCAGCCUUGCGGAUCUUAACGGAGACGAACUCCGAGACGUUGCUGUUGGAGCCCCCCUUGAGGAUGAUAACAGAGGGGCUGUGUACAUCUACCUUGGUGACAGACGCAAUGGCAUACGCAGCAAUUUCAGCCAGAGAAUCAUGGGACAGGGAAUAAGACCUGAGAUGAGAUUCUUCGGACAGGCCAUUGAUGGGCGCAUUGACCUCGGAGAGGACGGACUUCCAGAUAUUUUGAUCGGAUCCCAGGGCAUGGCUGUUGUCUUGAGGUCCCGUCCUGUCUUCAACGUCACCGCACAUCUCUCUUUUCUUCCUAAGGAAAUAAGCACUGAGGAGAUUAACUGUGUGGACAAAACAGAUGGAGAUUUACCCAUGGGGAUCUUACAAGUCUGCUUUGAAAUGGUAGAAAGCACAAAGAGCAAAGCCGACGUGAUGAGCUCAGGACUGAACAUCUCAUACAUGCUUAAUGUGGAUCCAGUGAGACAAACCUACCGAGGUUUCUUUGGAAAUGACAAGAAAGCCAGGAGUCUUACUUCCACCUGCAACCUGACGGCUAAUGAAACUUGCUUCCAGCUCCCUGUCAACAUGCCUAAAUGUCUGAAAGACACUUUUUCACCCAUCACCAUCAAAUUCAACUUUUCCCAAGUCGACAUUGAGAGUGCGAGUGCCGUCCUGAACGUGGACAGCAGCAGGUCGGCUAGUGUUGAGGUUCCCUUUGAAAAGCAAUGUGCAAAAAACGAAAACUGUGAUGCUGAGCUCGAGGUGUAUUUCAACUUCAUGUACGUUCGACAUGUGAUCAAACACCGGACAGCAUCUGUAAUGUUGGCGCUGACCUCAUGAUAUGACCCAUCCUCCCUCACAAGUUGACCUCUUACAUCAUAUUCCUGUUAAGAUAUCAUUUUAAUAAGCAUGCAUCAUACAUAUAUCUUACAU